CUCCAUUCAGCACGCAUCCGCACUCGUCCCUCGGCCAUUUAAUUCUACUCCGCAUUUAUUUUCUCACAACGCUGAUUGAUUACAAGACUGAAUUCAUCCACCCUAUUGGGCUUGCCCAAUAUAGAAAAAGAAAACUACAGUCGGACUACAAAUAUCAAAUCUUUUGGAUAGAAACAUUUGUAAAUUCAAAAAGAGGAAUGGGAUUUGUGUCUGAUUGCUCCGAAAGAGGGUAUUUUGCUGGGGGCUUCAGAAGCAUUGUGAGGAGGAAGCAGGUUGAUUCUGCCGCUGUCUCUUCUGCUAAUUCAAACAAGUCAUCCUCUCAUUCUUCUCCCGCGCACAGCAGAUUUCAUCCUCCUCCUCCUCAUCAUCACCAGCUGGCUAAGGCCUUGACCGUCCCUCACCUCAUUGUCAUAGGUGUUGGUUCUACAGUUGGUGCUGGUGUGUAUAUUAUAGUUGGCACUGUUGCCCGAGAGCAGACAGGUCCAGCACUCACCCUUUCCUUUUUUAUUGCUGGGAUAGCAGCAGCACUUUCUGCCUUCUGCUAUGCUGAGCUUGCAAGUCGCUGCCCUUCCGCUGGGAGUGCCUAUCACUAUUCUUACAUAUGCAUUGGAGAAGGGUAUGCUGCGUGUUCUAAUGCGUUUGCUUUUACAUCAGUGUUGCUUGGUUGGUUGGAUGGGCAAUGAUAUUGGAAUACACAAUUUCAGGGUCUGCAGUAGCACGCGGCAUAUCUCCAAAUCUGGCUUUACUCUUCGGAGGUCAGAACAGUCUCCCGGCCUUUUUAGCUCGGCAGACAAUCCCUGGGCUUAAUGUUGUUGUGGACCCAUUUGCAGCAAUUUUAGUUUGCAUUAUCACUGGGCUUUUAUGCGUUGGAAUUAAGGAGAGUACAAUGGCUCAAGGAAUCAUCACGUUCGCCAAUAUAUUGUCAUUGGUUUUUGUAAUAAUUGCCGGUGGAUAUCUGGGCUUCAAAACGGGAUGGCCUGGAUAUGAGCUUCCUGUUGGGUAUUUUCCGUAUGGGGUAAAUGGAAUGCUGGCAGGGGCCUCAACUGUCUUUUUCUCAUACGUCGGGUUUGAUACAGUUGCCAGUACAUCUGAGGAGGUGAAAAAUCCUCAGCGUGACCUGCCUUUGGGAAUUGGCUUGGCAUUGAUGAUAUGCUGCAUCCUAUAUAUGUUAGUCUCAGCUGUUAUUGUUGGUUUGGUACCCUACUAUGCUAUGGAUCCUGAUACCCCAAUCUCGUCUGCAUUUGGGAGCCAUGGUAUGAAGUGGGCAGUAUAUAUAAUAACUACUGGAGCUUGUACUGCUCUUUGCUCUACACUGAUGGGUUCCAUUUUACCUCAGCCACGGAUAUUUAUGGCCAUGGCCAGAGACGGGCUGUUGCCAUCGUUUUUUUCGGAUAUUGACCCACAUACUCUUGUUCCAGUCAAGAGCACUCUAGUUACCGGUUUACUCUGUGGGGCCUUAGCAUUCUUCAUGAAUGUUGAUCAAUUAGCUGGAAUGGUUAGUGUUGGUACACUUCUUGCUUUCACAGUUGUUGCAAUUUCUGUGCUCAUACUUCGGUAUGUUCCACCAGAUGAGGUUCCACUCCCCCCAUCCUUUCAGGACGCCAUAGACGUUGUAACCAUCGGCUAUAGUGGCAGUAAAAAUGAUGAUGAUAUUAUGGAGAGUACCAAAACUGUUUCUGCAACCAUUGAUGAUCAGGUUCCAUUGUUAGUCAAAGCACCUUUUUGGCAUCCUCUUCAGGAGAAAGCAGCGGCUCAGUUCAGCUCAGGUUUAGUAAGUGAAAGACGGAAGCUUGCUGGAUGGGCUAUCUUGCUUACCUGUGUUGCGGUGCUUGUAAUUGCUUCUGCUGCUUCUAGUUUUGCCCUGCCAAACUCACUGAGGUUCAUACUUUAUGGAGUUGGUGGAACCCUUCUGCUAUCUAGUUUGUUAGUUCUGACUUCCAUACACCAAGAUGAUGCAAGACACAACUUUGGACAUUCAGGAGGUUUUGUCUGUCCGUUUGUUCCUCUUUUGCCAAUCGCCAGCGUUCUCAUCAAUGUCUACUUGCUAAUAAAUCUUGGCGCUGCAACUUGGGGCCGUGUAUCCAUAUGGUUGCUCCUAGGGAUGCUGGUUUAUAUUUUCUAUGGCCGGACCCACAGCGUGCUGCAGGAUGCAGUUUAUGUGCCAGCAGCCCAUAUUGAUGAAGUUUACAGGAACUACGAUGCCUCUUCGGCAUAGUUCAUUUUACUAUUUAGGCAAAUGGAAAUCAGCGUUUCCUAUUGCACUUGAUGCUUUUUUCAAUUAGUGUAAUUGCAUCUAUUGUAUCAUUCGUCUAUAUAGCAUUCAUUGCCCAUCAUAGCUUAUAGUGAUGGAGCGCUGGGGCCAGACAAGAUAGGAAGAGACAACAAAGGGAAGUAGUGGUUUCAAACCUGCAAACGGUAAAAACCUUUCUGCUACCCAAUGUAUAUAUGGUAUCUAUGCUGUGUAACAUUGUGAGCUUCAUAAAUCAUAUGCAGAGUUUUAUUAGAAACACACUCCUUAUAAAAUAAAUGUAAAACUAGUGUGAAUCCAUAGUGGUAUUAUGUUGUUGCCCAACAUGCUUGAGCAUCCUGAGACGGACCAGCAACUAUCUGCUUCAUAUCCUGCAGGAGAUAAGCCCGCUGCUGAACCUGCCUGGCCGCCUGGGACCAUCAAUUGGCAUGAUGGCAUCCCCCAUUCUAGUCCAAUCUGUGACAUGCCACAGCCUUGUGCAUUGAUAUAAUUGCUUUAUAAAUGAUAAGAAUUAUAAAUGGGUAUACCCAGUUCUGGUUCCAGCCUCCAGGCCACUUCUUUAAUACAUUAAAAAAAAAGGAACCAAACCUGAAAGGCUGGAACUGAAUCUGGUCUUAUUUUGGAGGAAUUAGAACAGGUUUGGAGUUUGGACUGGUAUCAGACAUUAGAAAAAUGGAUGUGGGGUUGGAUUUUCAUUCCACAGUCUGAGCUCUUGAACUGGGACUAGGUCUACCUCAACGGCUCAAAGUAAAAUUGCUUUUUGGUUCAAUAGGCUCAAAAUAGUAGAUUUGGUUGUCUUCUAUGUGCGUUCACCACUGGAGUUGAGCAUUUGAUGGACUCAAUGUAGAAUUUAGAAGUUUAGACAAUGUUAAGUAGAUGCCAGAAUUAUUAGAAAAGUAUUUAAUUUUUUAUAACCAUAAUUUAUAAUUUAGAGGAUUUUAUGAAAUUCCACACAAUUGGAAACCAUAAAUCAUGUUUCCACGUGCUCAAAAGAUUAUGAAACUGAAUACACCUAUGUUCAAAUUCGAUUUGAAGUUUUGAACCAAUGAACAAAUUUAAACUAUGCUUGUAAUUGAAUUUAACAUUCGUAAAAUAAAAUCAAAUUAAGAAAUAUGUGUGCGUGGAUUAGAUGUAGUACUUUCGUGCGGGAAAACUAAUAUGUAUCUCAGUUGUGACUUGUGAUUAUUAUUAUCAAAAUUUUCCUUAUUUGAAAAGUAAUCUAAAGCUCAUAGGAGGCAUCAGGCAUAGGCAUGAAUGCAUGAUCAAGAAAAGCAAAUAAAAAGAAUGAUAAAGAGAAAAGUAAAAACAAUGGAGAAUGAGACAAAUGGCUUGACCCGGGCCGGUUAGUAACAGUAGCGGGCUGGGUCGGUUUUGGUUUGGUUUACUCGGCCUGAGUCCAUCCCUAGCUUGACCAUCACUAUUUUCAAAGAAG